AUGCGAUCCUUCGGGGGCGCGCCCAAGUGUGCGCGAUGCAGCACGUCCGUCUACGCAGCAGAACAGAUCAUGGGCCCUGGCCGGAAGGCCUGUCUCCGCUGUACGUCUUGUGACAAGCGCCUCGACUCGUUCGCACUUGUUGAGCAUGACGAAAAGCCGUACUGCAAAAUCUGCCAUGUGAAGCUCUUCGGCACCGUCGACCUCCGCCAUGGCAACCUCCCCACUGACCGCGACGUCUCUCCGCGCACCCGCCGCGUUGCGUCGCCCCCUCCCGCUCCGCCCACCGCCCAGCCACCACCGCCCGCGCCGCAGCCGAGGCUAGCGCCGACGCGCUCGCUGAGCCCAGAGCGCAAGGGCUCGCUCGCGCUCCAGGCGCUGGACGACCUGAUGGCCGACUUCGACGUCGACGACAUCGUCACGCCCGCGCACGGGAACGAGAACUACGCGCACGCCGUCCCCGCGCCGUCCGCUCCCUCUCCCCCACGGAAGCCGCUCGUGCCGACGAUGACGGGGCGGGCGUUUGCGGUGCAGAACCCGCAGUGCGCGCGGUGCGGGAAGAGCGUGUACUUUGCGGAGCAGGUCAAGGCGGUGGGCAAGACGUGGCACAAGGCGUGCCUGCGCUGCGCAGGGUGCGGGAGGAGCCUGAACGCGGGGCAGCUCGUCGACCGGGAGGGGGACCCGUUCUGCAAGCCGUGCUACGGCAAGCACUUUGGGCCUGCGGGGAGCGGGUAUGCGCUGCUCGGGAAGGCGGGGGCGUGA